CGUCCCGCCUGCUGCACCCGCGCACAUCAUGGCUGCCGACAAGAUGGAGAAGAAGCGGAAGCGCAAUGCGGAGAGGACCGACCGCCCAAGCAAAAAGGUCGCCAUAGAUGCGCCAGCCGGCGUUGUCAAGGUUUCCUAUCUUGACGACGACGACGAGCUUGGCCCUGUCAUUACUGUGACACCUGGUCUCUCUGCCCCGUCGACCGCUGCCUUCAGGGCGUACAAGAAGCCGUUGAGCGACAAGAGCAAGUCCACGAAGAUUCUUCCUUACGAAGUCCUUCUCCAAUCCUCGAAUCACCCCAAGCUGGAUUUCACCGCACGAGAAGAACUGGAUGGUAGUGCCGACAGUUUGCUCAAGCACUAUGUCGGUGUGUUUGACCCAGUUACCGGCCAACUCCAGGUCAUGGAAGCACACAAAGUGGUUUUGCGCAGCACCCUUAGGAGUGAGACUCAGGAGGUGCAGAUCGAACGGGAACAAGCUGCAGAGAGGCAGAGGCAGAGCAACUUCAACCUGCGUCAAGAGCUUGGUAUGGAAUUCGGUACAAAGAAGGCCAAAAAAGCCCUCGCCUCGAUCACCGAGAACGCCAUUAAUCCAAGCAAGGAGGGGGAAGAUCCUGUUGCUUCCGCAGUUUUGCAGUCAAUGGCAAAUGCUACAUCCGACAUGCCGACACGGGAGGCCUUGCAGGCUGCUGUGGAUGAAGGCAAACCGCGCCCUAGAGCAAAUCUCGAAGCCACCACUCCAGCCGAUGUCUAUACUCCCGAAUCCCUCAUUGGUUUGGAAAACAUGCGCUUGAUCGAAAUCAAGAGCUGGUUAGAUGCGGCAGAAAAUAGGGAAGAUGUGCAGACGCAGAGCCGGUUCGUUGCGCAUCGUUUAAUGAACAUCGCUUCUCAGAAGGAUGUGAAGAAGGUUAAAGUCUUGAAGUAUAUCUUACUUCUUAUCGACUUCAUGAGUGCUUUAAAGCCAGGUCGUAAUGGGUCGAAGAAGCUGCCACAGAGAGACGAUCUUGAGAAGAAGACGCACACAAGUGGUGCUCUUCUUGACAGUGUCCGCAGGAGGUUCGCAGACGGAAACGAGAUGACCAAGUGGCAUGUGGACAAUUUGAUCACCCACAUUGCAGCGUUGGCUCUGUAUGUUGAAGGUUACGAAGUCGAUACGUUUGAUCUACGUGAAGAUCUUCGCUUGGACAACAAGCAGAUCGGACAAUAUUUCCACGAGAUUGGCUGCAGAGUGGGACCCCCCACUGAAAAGCAACGCGAGAAUAUGAGAAUCACUAAAGCCGAAGCUGUCAACCACAAAAUCGCAAAGUUAAGGAUACCACUCGACUUCCCCAAACAACGUGCUCUUCCUGCAAAGAGGAGAUAAGCAUUGUAUUAGGGGGGUUGCUUCUGGCCUGAUGGUUACUGGUUUGAGCGCUGGAGUUAUUUUUUUUUAGGAAUAUGAUACCAAACCCCUGGUCAUGGUUUAAGAAGUGUCUAUGCUUACUACAACGAGGCUUGACAGACAAAAACUCAUCCUGAAGAUAACAUAAUCUACUACUGAUGAAAUACUCAACUUGUUCUCAUAG